AUGUCCGACCUUUUCAUCAACUUGACCACCCCCAAUGGCCACUCCUACCAACAACCUACGGGACUCUUUAUCAAUAAUGAGUUCGUGAAGGCAUCAAGUGGGCAGACCAUUACAACCCUAGACCCAGCUACCGAGAAGGAAAUUGCCACUGUUGAAGCAGCCAGCGCCGAGGACGUCGACACGGCUGUCCGGGCGGCGAGAACAGCCUUCAAGGCUCCUUCAUGGAAGAAGCUCCCUGCCACUGAGCGAGGAAGACUGCUGGUUCGUCUUUCCGAGCUGAUCGAGGAAAAGAAAGAACUUUUUGCUAGCAUUGAUGCUUGGGAUAACGGCAAGACAUAUGCCCUGGCCAUGGAAGAUGACCUCCCCGACACUAUUGGGACCUUCCGAUACUAUGGCGGCUGGGCCGACAAGAGCUUCGGUCAAACAAUCGAGACCUCUCCUGAAAAGUUUGCAUACACUCUUCGCCAGCCCUUUGGAGUUGUUGGCCAAAUCAUUCCCUGGAACUUCCCUUUGGCAAUCUUCGCAUGGAAGGUCGCACCCGCUCUCGCAGCAGGAAACACAGUGGUCAUUAAGGCCGCAGAACAGACUCCCCUGAGCAUUCUCGUGAUGGCGACUCUCAUUAAACAAGCCGGCUUCCCACCCGGCGUAGUCAACAUCCUUAACGGAUACGGCCGCGAAGCAGGAGCUGCACUGACCGAGCACCCACUCAUCGACAAGGUAUCAUUCACCGGCUCAACCACAACAGGUGCACAAAUCAUGAAAUCAGCAGCCGGCCAAUUAAAGGAAAUCACUCUCGAGACCGGCGGAAAGUCGCCCCUGAUCGUGUUUAACGAUGCCGAUCUCGAUCAAGCCGUGAAGUGGUCUCACGCCGGUAUCAUGUCCAACCAAGGACAGAUCUGUACCGCGACCUCACGCAUUUUCGUCCAGCGCGAUAUCUACGAUCGAUUCCUUGCCUUGUUCAAGGAGCGUGUCCGCACAGCUUCUAUCAUCGGUGACCAGUGGUCAUCUGACACUUUCCAAGGUCCGCAGGUUACGCGUGCGCAAUAUGAUCGCGUGAUGCACUAUAUCAACAUUGGUAAAUCCGAGGGUGCGACCGUGGAGACUGGUGGUGAAGCCUUUGCCGGCCCUGAUGGGAAGGGAUUCUUCGUCAAGCCUACUACUUUUACUAAUGUUAACUCGUCUAUGAAGAUCUACAAGGAAGAGAUCUUCGGCCCUGUUGGUCUUAUCAUUCCAUUCGAUGAAGAGGAGGAUGCCAUCGAACUGGCUAAUGAUACGCUGUAUGGCCUUGGUGCCGCGGUGUUCACGAUGAACUUGCGCCGUGGUCACCGUGUAGCAGCGGAGAUCGAAGCUGGUACUGUGUGGCUGAACAGCAGCCAGGAUAGUGAUCACCGCAUUCCUUUCGGAGGCUACAAGACUAGUGGUGUUGGGCGAGAGCUGGGCCAGGCUGGAUUUGAUGCCUACACGCAGGUCAAGGCAGUGCAUGUCAACAUGGGGAAUGAUCUAUGA